AAAAUGUUUUUGCUUUUAUAGAAAAUUAUUAUUUAUUAUAUGUUAUAAUAUUUAUUUGAAGGCUGUUUUUCUGAAUCGGAAGUGCAGCGAGUCACAGAGGAACAGGAAUAAUGGCGGGCUGAGGUCGAGCUGCCUGUCUUCACAUACGUCCGCAGAGUGGAUGUAAAUACGGGCGCUCCUGAGCAGUUAACCAUCAGUUUCUCUUCGGACGAAUCUUGACUCUAACAAAAUGUCUGGUCGCGGCAAGGGAGGCAAAGGACUCGGUAAAGGAGGCGCCAAGCGUCACCGUAAAGUUCUCCGCGAUAACAUCCAGGGAAUCACCAAACCCGCCAUCCGCCGUCUGGCUCGCCGUGGCGGUGUGAAGCGUAUCUCCGGUCUGAUCUACGAGGAGACCCGCGGUGUGCUCAAGGUGUUCCUGGAGAACGUGAUCCGUGAUGCCGUCACCUACACCGAGCACGCCAAGAGGAAGACCGUCACCGCCAUGGACGUGGUGUACGCUCUGAAGAGGCAGGGCCGCACCCUGUACGGCUUCGGCGGUUCACCGAAAACAGCGCCCAAGAAGGGCUCCAAGAAAGCCGUGACCAAGACCGCCGGCAAGAAAGACAGAAAGAGGAGGAAGACCAGGAAGGAGAGCUAUGCUAUCUACGUCUACAAGGUGAUGAAGCAGGUCCACCCCGACACCGGGAUCUCCUCCAAAGCCAUGGGCAUCAUGAACUCCUUCGUCAACGACAUCUUUGAGCGUAUCGCCGGGGAGGCCUCCCGUCUGGCUCACUACAACAAGCGCUCCACCAUCACCUCCAGGGAGAUCCAGACCGCCGUCCGCCUGCUGCUGCCCGGCGAGCUGGCCAAGCACGCCGUGUCCGAGGGGACAAAGGCCAUCGACUAUAUCACGUGCUUGCAGGGGACCAAUCAGCGUCCGCGGCGCUCCGGCUCUGCCUAUAUAAGGCGGACUGAAACUCAGUGGAAUCAUUACUACUUCCCUGAAGUAAAGGAUCGCAGUUACCGAUCAACAAUGGCAAGAACCAAGCAGACCGCCCGUAAGUCCACCGGAGGCAAAGCCCCCAGGAAGCAGCUGGCGACCAAGGCCGCCCGUAAGAGCGCCCCCGCCACCGGCGGCGUGAAGAAGCCCCAUCGUUACAGGCCCGGUACCGUGGCUUUGAGGGAGAUCCGCCGCUACCAGAAGUCCACCGAGCUGCUGAUCCGCAAGCUGCCCUUCCAGCGCCUGGUGAGGGAGAUCGCUCAGGACUUCAAGACCGACCUGCGCUUCCAGAGCUCCGCCGUCAUGGCUCUGCAGGAGGCCAGCGAGGCGUACCUGGUGGGUCUGUUCGAGGACACCAACCUGUGCGCCAUCCACGCCAAGAGGGUGACCAUCAUGCCCAAAGACAUCCAGCUGGCCCGCCGUAUCCGCGGAGAGAGGGCUUAAAUAUCCUCCACACCCUGAACGCAACACAACGGCUCUUUUAAGAGCCACAUACUUCAACCUGAGAGCGGCGGUUCCAAUAUUAUCUAAUAUAUAGAUCUGUAUGGAAACAUUUUAAUGUACAUAAGCAACGGUAGAGACUAACGAUUUCUUUAGUAUUACACAUUAUUUAAACUUGAAUUGCAUAGUUAACAAGACACCACAAUAGUCUAUGCUGACAAAUGUGUGAAAGAUCUGUGAUCAGAAAUAUUUUUCUAAUUCAUUUCCCUUAAUAGAAAUAUCAACAGUGGUUUUAUCUUCACAUAUCUAAUAGAUAUAGAAAAGAUGCAGCAUGUGUGUAUAUGAAUAAUAUGCACCAAUCAGCCCUAACACUGAGCAGUGUAUUGAUAACACCAAUUAUUAGGGCUGGGAGGUAACAGGCAGUGUGGGGAUCUGAGUGACUUUGACAACAUUGGUCUGGUCUGUUGGUGUGGGAUCAGCCAGGAGCCCCAGUGCUCACAAUGUAUGUAGUUAUAUAUUUUGAUUUCCAUUAGAAAUUCAGAUAUAGUUAAUGGUCACUCACAUCAUUUUGUCACCCAGUUAAACUGAAUUUACUUCCUUUAAAGUGCUGUAAGCGUUCAUGUGAAAGAUACAAGAAGUUGAAUACAAAAGACAAAGAUAAUAUUAAAACUAAUACAUUUCAAUUA